AUGUCCCAGCCUCUAAUCUUCAUCACCGGCGCAACGGGCUUCAUUGGCUCUCACGUCGUUAGUCAAAGUCUUGCCACUGGUUACAAAGUACGUCUGAGCGUACGCAAAGAGGAACAGAUUAUUGCCCUGCGCAAGGUGUUCUCUCAGCAUGCAGCCAACUUAGAUUUCGCCGUCAUACCAGACUUCACAAGCCAAAGUCGUUUUGGCAAGGCGCUUGAAGGUGUCACAUACGUCUUUCACCUCGCCUCUCCCAUGCCGGGAAAAGGCUCCGACUUCAAGUCAGACUACCUAAAGCCAGCAGUGCAGGGCACCAUUGCACUGUUGGACGCUGCAAAGAAAUUUGAGUCGAUCAAACGCGUUGUCGUCGUUUCUUCUCUGUUUGCACUUAUCCCUGUGGAAUCUCUAUCCACUGGAAAAUUUUCUGCCAAAGAGGGGCUGAACCACACUAUACCCGCUGACCCUGAGAUGUCCUUCCCGGAGGACCCGAGGGCCAGUGGAGGCCAGAAGUACCACGUCUCCAAGAUCCUCGCCCAUCGCGCUACCUUGGAGUGGGUGCAGACGAACAAGCCCGCGUUUGGCCUCGUUACUCUACACCCAUCAUUCGUCUUCGGCCGCAAUAUUACUCAGACAUCAGCCGAGGGGCUAGAUGGCACAAACGCUAUGCUUUGGGGUUGCUUACACUCGGCCAAGCCAUUCAUCUUCUUAAGCGCCGUGGAUGUGCGUGACAUCGCACUCGCCCAUAUUAAAGCUCUGGAGGUCGGGAUUGGAGCCGGGGUUGAGGAAUUCAUCCUCAUCACAGAGUUUGUACGAUCGAAGUACCCAGCGUUGGAUGUUAAACUUGAGGGUCCAUUCGAGGAGCCGCCGGAGGUAAGUACUAACAAGGCGGAGACUGUGUUGGGGAUGAAGUGGAAGCCAAUGGAGGAUACGGUGGGGAGCUUUUUGGACCAGCAGUUGGAGCUUAGAGCACAGCUUUGA